UCUGCGGCCUGCUUGUAAUGGUCUAAGCCUUGCAUAUUGAUUCCGAUUGUUGGUGGUUCGCUGUUCGCUGUUCGCGAUUCGUGUAUUCACACUUUACACAGAGGUUGAGGCUGAAGUCAAGAGGAGGUGCGGCUCAGCCGCCUCGCACUCGACUUCGGUCCUUCUUAUGGGAGUGAGUGUGUUUCGCAAUACCUAUAAGUUACCUGAAGCCAUCUUGGUGUUCCUUUGAUUGCCCUAAGCACACAAUAAUUUCCUUGUUUGUACUUGGAUACUCCAAAAUGCUUUUCGUACCCUUUGCCCUCUUCAGCCUUGUCGCAAGUACAGGUGUAAUCUUUAUUCCAAAAUUCAAACCCAAUACUCCUGCCAUUCGUCCUCCGAGCCCUCCAAAAGUAGAUUAUAAGCCCAAUACAAACAAACCGGCUCCACAGGUACCUGCAAAGCCAGCACCCGCGCAGGAGCAAGUUCAAGCGAAUAAUGUUGGCGGACUGAACAAUAAAUUGAAGAAGGCGGAAGACAUCGCUGGUUUGAUCGACAUCGGGAAAGACAUCGCGCAGGCAAUAUUGGGGACGACACAGUCGACGACGGUGAAAGCAUCGUCUACGGCGACUAUCAACGCGACUGCAUUCGCUCCUUGCAACAGCUAUGCGUCUAUCCUAGCAUCCUGUGCAUCUGCUACAACCAGCUUCUACGACCUCGAUUACGAGCAGCAGGCGUCGUGUGCAUGCUACCAAUCAAGCACCAAUACCGCAGCAUGCCAGGCCGUACCAACACUGGACACGAGCUACGACGACUAUGAAUACGAAUGCUACGACUUCUUCGAUAGCAAUGGGUAUGUGAUGAUUGCCCAAGCUAUGAACGACUCGCUCCAACUUCCCGGGCCGAUGUUGUGCAAUUGGGCGCCUGCGGAGUUCUCGAUGCCGUCGACUCUACCUGCGAAGACCGUGAGCUGUGCGGCAGCUUCGCCAACAUCGACAGCAUCGGCUUCUGCGCAGGAAACUGGUAACAAUGGAGCUGCACAGCUGCUGACAACCUUUGAUCAAGGGGUAUUCGUGAUAUCCGCGGUCACUGUGGCGGCGUUUUCAUGGGUCUUGUUUGACUAGCCUCGGAGUCGCUAUGUUUUGUGAAGUCGAAUAUUGCAAGCUGUGAAUUAGGUAGCAU